GUGGGACAAAGUACUGGGGUAUCUGGAGGUGUUGAGCAAGGCCUGGAUGGAGGAGCGYCAGGCAAGCUGGAGCCAGGAUGUAGCGUUGAGUGCCAUGCGGUCAGGGUUUAGAUAUUUCGCGCGCGAGUUCGUCACCCAUAUUGGGGGCGAAGUGAAGCAAUUGAGAGAUAAUGUAGGGAAGUUUUGUGAGGGCGCCAUUCAGGGUGCCAAAGCUGUAGCCGCUGUAGAGGGAGAGGCCAGACCCCGUACGGAUCCAGUGAAACUCAAGUUCCCAGAUGCGUACGGGGGGAAGAAGGAAGAAAACUUUGACUACUGGGAAGCCAGUGUCAAUAGUUAUAUUUAUUUGCAGCAUAUCUUGGUCGUGGAACAAGUCCUUGUGGCCUUCCAGGCCCUCAAAGAUGAAGCGGCUAGUUUUGCCAGGUCUCUUGCGCGUACAGCCGGUUGUGAAAUUAACCUGGUUGCGUAUUCCAAAGUUACUCCUCUUUCUCAAUUCCUCAAGCUCCUCAAGGAGCGGUUCGCUGACCCAACGCGAGGCAUUAGAGCCUCUGAUAAGCUCCAAACGAUCCACUCGCGGCASUGGAGGAGUGCUAAGGCACUCAAGAGUACUAUGGACGACUUGGUAGCCGUCCCUGACCACGGGGUCACCGAGCCCCAGUUGGUCAAGUUGUUUUAUCGUGCCAUCCCAGAGGCUCUACGCGGGCAUUUCUUUGACAAGUCUCAGCAGACCGAAAUCACAUAUGAUCAAUUGAGUAGGGAGGUCCUCCUGUAUGAGUCAAAGUCUAUGCCAGUUACCACUUUUUGGCAUAAGGACCUGGAGGAGGGGAAGAAGUGGAAGAAUCGUAUUAUCUCAGGCCAAGUAAAGGCCAAGGAUCACAUGAUCCUGACGUUAGAGGAAGGUGGUACUGAUGAGGUCCCRUAUGAUCAGAUUGAGUGGGGCCUCGAAGAUGAUGGCAGUAGUGUGGGGAAGGGGAGGUUUUGCUGCUGUCGCGGUCGGAGGGAGGCCACAAGGUAGAGGAGGAGGUCAGGGCCAAAGAGGCCAGGCCAUGGGAGGCCGAGGACCGGGCGCACAGGGGGUUGGCGGACAGGAAAACCGCCAAGCAGGAGGUAGGGGUUAAGGUCCCCCGUUAAAUCGCCAGGGUAACCGGUCCCCACAACGAGAAGGUGGAAGGGCGCCUCAAGGAGGAUGGCACCCAGGCUUGCCACAGGGCAGGCCCUGAGAAGACUUGGGCUUCGACCGACAAUUAUGGCAGGAACGUGUGGACCAGGGUCAGUGCGUAUUUUGUGGUGACCCGGGGCACGUAAUCAAAUUUUGUCCAAAGU